CACGAUAUCCAAGCACCAGCAGGCAUCAAUUCUGCCCCUCUUGGUCCCCUUCCAUGCCAAUGUCUACGAUUCAUAUCCUCACGCGACCACUUCAAACAGCCACAAGACUGGCUGGGCCGGAUGUUUCUUAAACACAUAGACCUCACUACUGCGUUGCGACCGUCGUAUCUGCCAGAUGAGGUCUUGCUCUUUGUCCAAGACAAUGUUGGGCUCUAUGAGGGGAAGUUCAAGAUCCCGGAUCAUCAGAACGGACAAGUGUAUCUGACCUCGCAUCGCAUUUGUUACGUGGACAAUGGAGAUCCUCGAAAGAACUCUACAGCUAUUGAUCUGAAAUAUGUGGAACGAUAUGAAUUCUAUGGUGGCUUCUUGAAGUCGUCUCCAAAGAUUACCCUUGUUCCCAAACCUGUCAAACGAUCCUCCAUACAAAACCGAGCAGUAUCAAGCCUCAGUGGCCCUUCUAGAAGCGCAACUUCGUCGCCAUCUCGUACCGACAGUCCAUUCCAUCUGCCUACUCCCGAACCAUCUCCUGCGAGUACGGCGACUUGGAUAUGCACCAUAUGCUCCUUCUCGAAUCCAGUCCCUUCGAACUUCGACCCACAUACUGCGAACGAACGUACACCAUUAGCACCAUGUUUGGCGUGUGGAAUAAAACCAACGUUUGCGUUGGUGAUGAAGGCGGCCAUAUCGAAUGCAACAAACAGGCCUGCUGCUCCUCCUAUGCCUGUCAGGGCUCCAAUACCUCUUCGUGGUAGGACAGAUGCGCCUCGACCGCAAUCAGACACAUGGCCAGACGGCCCAACAGCUUCCGGGCAGCUUGCAGCCUCUCAAGCUGCAGUAGGAGCCUCAUUUCAGUGUCCCAGAUGCACAUUUCUCAACCAUCCCUCGCUGCUGUCCUGUGAGCUCUGCGGUGCUCCAUUGAUUUCACAAGAUAUCCCAUCAGGUCUUGACAAGCCUCCAGUACGAUCGGAAUCUCCUGGUCCGAUCCUACAAUCUCUCCAUCUCCCAACAGCUGAAAAUGGAGAGAAUAUCAAACUGUCUUUCCGAGCUGGUGGCGGGCCGAUCUUCUACGAACGCUUGAAAGGUUCAAUGCAACAGAGGAAAUGGCUUCUACAAGGUGCGCCUCCUGUCCCAACUGCUGCGGAGCAAACGAUCUCCAGAUCCGGAACAUCAACCCCAACAGGGGAGCGAGUGAAGACUGUUGGGAUUGCUGGACUGGAACAACGACGUCUCGAUAUGCGAAAGAAUAACGAGCUUGUCAUUGGGAAUGCUUUUGAGGACUUGGAAGCCUUGAUGGCCUCAGCAAAAGAGAUUGUUGCCUUGGCAGAAUCAUUCUCAUCCAAUGGAGGUGGUGCUGAAACAAAUGCUGUUGCUAAUGCUCUGGGGUUGGUCACUACAAAGGACAUGCUCGGAGGAGGCAGCAAUUCCGAAUCGCUCUACAUCUCUGAGCUAUCCCGCAACCUUGCCGAGUUCCUCACCGAUGACGCCCGAGGCGUUCUCCGCAAAGCAGGCGGAAUCAUCAGUCUGGUAGACCUCUGGGCAGUGUUCAAUCGUGCCCGCGGCGGCGUCGAACUCGUCAGCCCCUUAGACUUCGAGAAAGCUGCUCGUCUCUGGGAGAAACUCCGCCUUCCAGUCCGCCUACGACAAUUCAAGAGUGGUGUCUUGGUCGUUCAAUCCAGCGACCGAACAGACGAGAAGACUAUCAGAACUCUUCUAGCUUGGCUGAACGAUCUCCACGUCUUCCCACCAGACAAAGACCUACCCUGGGACUGGCAAAUUUUUGGCCGUGGAGUGACGGCCCAAGAUGCUGCUGAGCGGUUUGGAUGGAGUAUUGGUGUUGCAGAGGAAGAACUCGAGAUGGCUGAAGAGAAAGGGGCACUUUGUAGGGAAGAAGGCAUUGAAGGCUUGAAGUUCUGGGAGAAUUGGAUUGAGGAGAGCCAAUUUCCUGAUCGGGGGUCUGUCGUCGCGGUGAUAUAAUUGGACGCCACCAUGACAUGUAGCCACCCAGCAUAUGGGAUAGAAACCAGGGAGGGUUUGGACUGCCCAGAGGAAGAAUCGGGGUGGUACUCAAUCACGGGAGAAAUGCAAUGGCUUCACAGCCAAGCAGCGCUUCUAUCUAUCGUGAUGUCUCGCGCCUAUCACCUCCUUCCACGUUUGUGAGGCAAGUACGCGUGACAUCUCUUCUUGACUUCUGUACUAUGUGUAUGUCAUGUCUAUCAUUUCCCCUCCAUUGGAACUCAUAGUACUUUGCGCUUUUCCCUCCCUCUUUGCCUUUCUGUCUUCUCCUUCCUCUCCUCCUUCUCCUUCUUCUUCUCUGCUUUUCGAUCUUGAUUUCCAUCCCUUCCCACUAUCUUCCCUCAUCAACCACCUAUACGAUCCACCUCACCUACCCUACCUAUAUCCCAAUCCUCCACGCUUCCUCUCCCUCUCCCUCACAUAAACCUACAUCGAAGCCAUAUAUAUCCUUCAAGAAAAAGAAAAGAAAAGAAAAGAAUGGAUCCCGAUGACUAUCAUCACCAUCUCCCAGCGCUCCAGACAAGCACACACACAAGCACACAGUUCAGAGAAUCGCCCCAAAUGGAGCUGGUGAUCUACACAUCGGCGACGGUGGUGAAUAUUCUCGGGCCCGAACCCGAACCCGAACGUGAAUGCGAGUCACAGAUGGGGAAUAGGAUACAAGUGGUGGUGGUGCCGAAUGAAUUCUGGAUCUGCUGCUGUUCGUAUACGCCUGGUCGGCAAUUAUCCUGCGGAACCAUAAACCCACCCGACUCCCCGACCUGUCAUAAAUGCCAGCAUGAGAAGUGUGCGGGUUGUACGGAGUGGAGGAGACAGGUUUGAAGUGAUUACUGCAGAUUAACUUGUGGGGGGUGAGAGUCUUGAUUGAUCUGGGGGGUUGAGAAGUGGAGGGUUUUUUAGGGGUGGAAUGGAGAUGAGAUGAGAUAGGAUGGUGAGGAUGGUGAGAUGAAAAUGGUGGGAAGUGGGAAGAAUGGCAGGAAAGGAAGCAAGGAAGGAUUUGGAUGAGGGACUUAAGAUUCUGAUUACGUGAGAUGGAGGUUCAGCGCCGGUUUCGAGGCUUGGAGUUGGGGGUUUGGAGUUGGGAAGUUUGCAUCAAAGUGUGGAGUCUAAAUUCUGGAGUCUGAAGCUUCAAAUUUUUGGGAUGGAGUUUUGAUAACGGCCGGUGUGAAGUGAAGGCGACAGGCGGCGUGGAAGCGUGGGCGUGGGCAUCCGACAUGGAGAUAGCAUAACAAGACUCGAGUUGAGAGCAACAAAGGAAACGUAUAGCAAUGGAAAAUUUCAGAGGAUCUUCAUGAGAUGCGAUAUAGUAAGUAGGUGGACAUAAUCAGGACCAGCUUGUACUAUCUUGCAAAUUAGAUGUCCAUCUGGCUUGAUUGGACGGACAAGUUGGUACAAGAUACAGUCUCAUGAUAUGUGUAGUUUCGUACUACGAGAUGGAGAAUAGUGG